AUCUUCGUCUGUUCAGUGGACGAACAGGGAGAUAAGAACAGUCACUGUCUUACUGCAGGGGGAACUUCCGUCAGUCGUGUGUCUGUGCUCGCGAGGUUAGCACAGCCCGGCGAUAUCGCGUCGCGUUGUCGACGUCUCAGCGCGCCGAAGAACACAGUCACCAUGCAGGCGAGAGACGAAGGUGAAGCUCGUGAUCUGCACAGGAGGCUGGGGACCCGGAGCAUGGAGGAGGAGCCGCUGACAGCGGGAGAGGGCCGGUCCAACGGAGAUGCCGUGAGGGCCUCCGAGGACCAGGACCACGACCACGACCACGACCACAAGCACAAGCACAAGAAGAAGGAGAAGGUCACCCGCGCCGACACCGCCAUGAGCCUGGCCAGCCAUGCCCUGACCACCGGACUGACCGUGUACUUCACCGUCCUCGGCUUCAAGUCGUACUCGCUCUUCUCGUGGCAUCCGGCGUGCAUGGCGAUAGGGUCGCUGGCGCUAUCGGCCCAAUCCAUCAUGGUGAUGUCGCACGGCAACAUUCUGACUGGCGCCCUGACCCGGAAGUGGCGUGUGCGGUCCCACUGGAUCCUGCUGGUCUUGGCAUCGGCUUUCAUCGCCGUGGGCUUCAUCACCAUAGUGGUGAACAAGAACGACCGCGGGAAGCGCCACUUCGUGUCCGUCCACGCCAUUGUCGGGCUGCUGUCCAUGCUCCUGAUGGUACUUGGCAAUGCCAACGGUGUGGCGGCACUAUAUGCCCGGUGGUUCAAGACACACAUCAAGCCACCUUACCUCAAGCUGGGUCACAGCAUCCACGGAAUCAUUACGUUCGUGGCCAGCAUCGCAGCUCUCGUGACCGGACUCUUCACCAACUUCUACAAGAGGGAAGCAAGUUCAUCGUCCCAAGUGAUCUGCACCAUCGCGCUCGGCCUGGCGGGCGUUUUUACGCUCGUGAGCUCGGUGAAGUCGGCUUACCGCCGCUUCAAGAAACUUUCUCAAGGCCAUUCCCACGAACAUCACACACAACUUGAGACAAAGAAGAUCGUGUUUCGCUGUUUGUCUACCAUGAGUUUUGCUUGUCAUGUGUUGACCGCUGGUUUAAGUGUAUAUUUUACUUACGUGAGCUUCAAAUCUUAUCAGUUUUUUUCAUGGCAUCCAGCAUGUAUGACGAUAGGGGCUCUGGCGCUGAUGGCCCAGGCCAUCAUGGUGAUGUCCCCCGAGAACAUCCUGGCGAGCCCGCUGGGACGGCAAGGCCGCGUGCGAGCCCACUGGAUCCUGCAGGCCCUGGCCGCGGGCUUCAUCUUCGCGGGCUUCCUGGUCGUCGUGGUCAACAAGAACCGCGGCGGGAAGCCGCACUUCGCGACGCUGCACGCCGUCGCGGGGCUCGUGACCGUGGUGCUGGUAGCGCUGACGAGCUGCGGCGGCGUCGGGACGCUCUUCUCCGCGCGGUUCAAGGCGCUGGCGCGGCCGGCGGCCGUGAAGCUCGCCCACAACAUCCUGGGCAUCGUGACGUUCGCGGCGGGCGUCAUCACGCUGGUGCUCGGCCUCUACUCCGGCUUCUACAGGCAGGAGGCCGGCUUCUCCUCCCAGGUCAUCUGCACGGUCAUCCUCACCCUCGCCGGCAUCCUCACGCUGGAGACCCCCGUCAAGUCCGCCUACGCCCGCUUCAAGUCCCUGUCGCAAGUCUGA